AUGAAGACAUCUUUGUUUAUGGUCGGCGCUAGCGCCAUUCUGGCUUCGGCCAGUCCCAUUGGAAACGCUUUUCAGGAGCGUGCCAUGGAGACCAAAUGGGUCUACGAGGUUGUCACUGUUGUUGUCACUGAAGGUGCUGAGCCCAAGAAGGCUGCUCACACCGCCACUGUCUACGAGGCCCCCCAGGCUCCCAAGGUCACCCAGGAAGCUGUCAAGGUCGUCAAGGAGCAGCCCGCUCCUGCUCCUGUCGUUGUCAAGGAGGAGGCUCCUGCUCCUGUCGUCAAGGAGGAACCUGCUAAGCCUAAAGUCGUCACUGUCUGGGUCGACCCUAAGCCUACCUCCAAGGUUGUCAAGGAGUACAGCGAGGAGAAGGUCGUUGUGAAGCCUGCCGCUCCCUCCCCUGUUUACGAGGCCCCUGCGCCAGUCGUCGAGAAGGCCCAGACUACCAUCAAGAAGGUCGUCAAGCCUACCCCCACCCGUGCCGAGCCCAAGGUCACCGUUGAAGCUAGCAUCGACACCUCUGAUCUUUCUCUCGAGGGUGCCUACGACACCGUCAUGCUUGCCUACCACAACAUCCACCGCGCGAACCACUCUGCCCCCGCUCUUGAGUGGGACGAUGAGCUCGCCGGCUACGCCGAGAACACUGCCAACGGCUGUGUCUUCGAGCACGACAUGGACCAAGGGAAUGGCGGUUACGGCCAGAACCUCGCAUCCUGGGGUGCUACCAGCGACAUUGAUGGACUCAAGAACAAGGCUGCUGCUGGUGGUAUUACCAACCAGUGGUACGACAGUGAGAUGUCCAACUGGGCUUUCUAUGGCCAGGAGAACCCCCCCUCCGACAUGAACAUUGACCUCUACGGUCACUUCACCCAGGUUGUCUGGAAGGACUCCACCAAGGUCGGCUGUGCCACUGUCAAGUGCGCUGCGGGGACUGUCCUCAGCUUCCCCUCAUGGUACACAGUUUGCAACUACAACCCUCAGGGUAACUUUGGUGGCCGCUACGGCGACAACGUCCUCAAGCCCGAGGGAGCCAAACGUGUUACUGUUUAG